ACUAGCGCCAGGUAUGGUGUCACUGUCAGGUAUGAGACUGACAGUGGUCCGUCCAGCCCCUUUCUGUUUGCUGCAUCGAGGUGGACUUGGCAGGAUCUAACGUGGAAGCUAUAAGACUGAGAUGUCCCAGCGAACGUGAACGCUUCAAAUAACGGCACAGUGCGCGGAGGUUGCAGCAGCAUCAGCAAACAGCUGCAUCUAAGCGUGGACAGUUUCAUGCACGGGGUCUCCGAGGCAGGUAUACUGGGCUGCUUCUAAACAGAAAAAUAGAAACAAAACAGUGGAAGGAAGAAAAGAUGGAUUCCUUCUCUAUGAAAGGGUGCACAAGGAGCCCUGUGUUCCUCACAGCUUCUUCGUCACACUUCAGCCAAUCACCAGCUUGUAUGUUCCACUGCAACAAACCUGCAGAAUCGGGACCUUCCUGCCUAGUCCCUACCACAGUGGCUGUCCUUGGGUCAGGUGACUUCUCCAAGAGCAUCACUAUUCGCUUACUUCGUUGUGGCUUCAAGGUGGUGAUAGGCAGCCGCCGUCCCAAACUGGCCUCUCAUUUCUUCCCACAUGUGGUUGACGUGUCACACUAUGAGGAUGCCAUCAAGAAAUCUAACAUUCUGUUCUUGGCUAUCCAUCGAGAACACUACUCGGUGUUAUGGGACCUCAAGCAUCUCAUGGCAGGAAAAGUCCUUGUUGAUGUGAGUAACAAUCGGAGAGUCAACCAGUAUCCAGAAUCAAAUGCUGAGUAUCUUGCUUCACUGCUGCCAGACUCUGUCGUGGUUAAAGGCUUCAACAUCAUCUCUGCCUGGGCCAUGCAGCAGAGCUACCCAAAAGAUGCCAGCACCCAGGUGUUCAUCUGCAGUGACUCAAUAGAGGCUCGCCAGCUGAUCAUGGAAUUAGCACGCCAGCUCAACUUCCAGCCUGUAGAUAUGGGCCCGCUGUCUUUGUCCCGUUACAUCGAGAACAUCCCUGUCCAGUUAUUCCCUGGUUGGAAGGGCCCUGUCCUUGCUGCUGUUGCCCUCUCCAUCUUCUUUUUUGGUUAUUCUUUUGUACGUGAUAUAAUUCACCCAUAUGUGAAGCACAAGCAGAGUGACUUCUAUAAGAUUCCCAUAGAGAUAGUGAAUCACACCUUGCCCACUGUUGCCAUCACUCUCUUGGCCCUGGUGUACCUGGCUGGUCAGCUGGCUGCAGCACACCAGCUUUACUAUGGAACCAAGUACAAGCAGUUCCCUCAUUGGUUGGAAAGCUGGCUACAGAGCAGGAAACAACUGGGUCUGAUCAGCUUUUUCCUGGCUGCUGUUCACAUUCUCUACAGCCUCUCUCUGCCCCUGAGAAAGUCUGAGAGGUACCUGCUACUCAACACCGCCUACCAGCAGAUUCAUGCUAAUAUUGAAAAUUCAUGGAACGAGGAGGAAGUGUGGCGGGUGGAGAUGUACGUUUCCUUUGGGAUCAUGAGCUUUGGGCUCAUGUCCCUCCUGGCCAUCACCUCCAUUCCUUCUAUCAGCAACUCUCUCAACUGGCGGGAAUUCAGCUUUAUCCAGACCACUCUGGGUUACAUCGCCCUUCUCAUUGCUACUAUUCACGGCCUACUGUUUGGCUGGAGACGGGCCUUGGAUGAGGAUGCCUACCGCUUCUACCUACCCCCCAGCUUUGUGGUGUCCCUAGCUCUGCCUGUCUGUGUCAUACUGGGAAAGGUGAUAAUGUUGCUUCCCUGUGUAGAUCACAAGCUUCACCAAAUUCGCAAAGGUCUGGACACCAGUCCCUGCAAGGCCCGGCGCCUGGAACCGGUUGGCUCAGCAGCAAACUUUUCACCAGAGAGAGUUACCAUUAUGUGAUUUACUCCAGUUUUUUGCUCAUUGAUGUGACUAAACACUUUGUGGUUUUAACUCUACGAACAUACCACUGUCUUUCUCUCAGCAGUUUUGCUGACUUGUGUGCUGCGUACAUGUGACCAUGUCAGGUCUGAUGUCACAGUUUUCUCCAAGUAAAGUUAUAGCAUUGAAUAACCUUCCUGUCAGUAUAAAAAGUCUUCCUCUAGUGUUUUAUGAACACAAUGCUUUCAUUCUUUUAUACUUUUAUUUGAAAUUUUAAAAGUAUAAAUUGGUUAAAUUCUUGUUCUCCUAAGUCUGGUAAAAUAUGUUUGAAUGUUUCCUAAUCUCCAAGAGAAGCUCUGUCAUUAUUAUGCAGUAGAAAUAAAAACAAUGAUUCAGCAGUUAGUGAAUGCUUUAAACUA